AUGGCUUCCAAGUCAAUAAUCUCGCUUUUCCCUUGGGAUGCCAAAUGUGCAACCCAUAGAGCAUGGCUCUAUAAGCAACGAGUUGAAUGUAACUGGGACUAUGAAAAGGUGGAAAAGGAAUGGCGUGAAGAACAGAUAAAAGGCACGAAAUGCAUGUACUGGAUCGUCCGUUGCUCUGAUGACUCGGAUAUAAAACCGGUCAGUAAAGAGAAUGAAGAAGUGCUAUAUGACACCGCAGAUUCCGUGAAUGGAAGAUCACGAGUAGCAUCGAGAGAAGCCUUUGCUCCUAUUGGCCAUAUUUCCUUGGAUUCCAAGAACAAAGAUGCCGACAGAGUUGGUCUCGAUAUCCCAUUGGAAGGGGUCUUCUGGAUCAAGAGCUUUUUCAUCUUGCAGACCAUCCAAGGCCAGGGAAUUGGCCGUGCAGCGAUGGAUGCAGUUGAGAAUAUGGCGACUCGCGAGCCACUCUGUGCGCAGACACUCAUGCUGGACACGGUGACGAGUAAGCACCAGCAACGAGAGGACUUUGCAAUUUCCACUUACGGGGCCGUUCCAAAGAUCACAAACCAAGACUGGUAUGGUCGUCGGGGGUAUAUGCCUAUUAAGAUCGUACCAAACUACUACGACGUGUGGGAUGCGAACGGAGACAGGUGGGACAUUGAGAUCGUUUUCAUGCGGAAGGAUAUUCAGUGA